AUGGUUAUUAGAAAUAAAAUAAUAAUUCUAAAAAUCUUGCUUUUCAUAUAUGUUAUUUUAUUUAUUGAAGGUUUACAAUACUUCAAUUUAUUAAGCAAAAAUAAUGAAAGCAUAAAUAAAUUAAUAAUUAGCUUUAAAAGGCACAAAACUUUUAUAAAAAAAACAGUAAAUGAAAAAAAUAAGAACAAUUUUUAUAUUCCAUUAAAAAUUAACAAACAAAAAAUAAAAAUUAAUAGUGAUGUUAACAAAAUAAAACAUUACGCUUACUUUAAUUCUUUACUACAAAAAAAAUCACUUUUUCUCUUUUCAAAAAAAAAUAGUAAUGAAAGGAAAAGUUAUCUAUCCAAAAAAAAAUACUCGUAUAAAAAAAAAUUCAUUUUAUAUGAAAAUGGAAGGAAUAAUAAUAUAACAGAAGAAAAGAAAAUUAACUUAAUUAACAAUAUACAAAAGAACUAUUUGUCAAUUGAUUUAACUGAUGAAAAUAAUGAGACCAGUGAUAUAUUACUAAAAAUACAUAUAAAAGGUAAAUUGAGAGAAUAUUACUAUGAUUUUUGUGUAAAAAAGUAUAAAGAAAAUAAAUUAAAAGAAAAUAAAUAUGAAUAUUCAUAUUUAAAUGAUGUUCCUAUCAACAAUUUAAUUAAUUAUAUAGAUAAAAAUGACUACUUUAGAAUUUUUUUAAAAUAUGUUAACGAAGAUAUUAUAAAAGUUUACAAAAGUAUAAAAAAUUUACAUUUAAUAGGGUCACCAAGAUUAUUAAAUAGAAUUGAUCAUAUUCAUAUAAGUAAAUUUGAUGAUAUAACUUUAAAUUUUUCAAUUGAUAAAUAUCCAACUAUCAAAUUUAAUAAAUCAUAUAUAAAUUUAGAUUUAAUUGUCAAAAUACCUCCAUAUGAAAAGGGUUCUGCAUUUAAAGAAUUCUUAAAAAUUCUUAAAAGCGAAAAUGAAAUUACAAUAGAUUCUGAUGAAAAUUAUAAAGUUGAAUGGAAUAAUGAUGUUCAAAUAAAUGUUUUAAGAGGAUGGGUUUAUAACUUUAAUAAUAUUUAUUAUGAUGAAUUCUGCAAAGUUGAAUCAAAUAACAAUAAAAAAAUUGGGAUCAUAAAUAAUGAAAAAAAAGUAAUGGAUGAGGAAAGUGUUGAUAAGGAAAAAGAUAUAUUGAAAAAUAAUAAAAUUAACGACUUAAUAGACAUAGAUAAGGAUGAGGAAAGUUUUAUUAACAACUCAGAUAAUUAUAAGGAAAAUUCAAAAGAUGAAAAUGAUGAAAACUUAUUUAAUGAUACAGCUAAUGAUAAUAGUGAUUAUGAAUUUUUGAAAAAUGUGGAAUACAAUAGCUAUUUUAAACAAGGUUACCAAUUACCUAAUAAUAUUAUUUCAAUGAACAACUCCACCGUCUCAAUAAAAGAAAAUUAUAAUCCUUUAGGUCUUAAUGAAUCUUUAAUUGGAAUGGGAAGAAAUGAAAAAAAAAAUAUAACUGUAUAUAUACCAAUUUAUUUAUUCAAAGACUAUUUUCAAAAUAAUCAAUUGCAUUAUGAUAAAAAUAUAGAUGAAGUUAUUAAUUUAAAAGAAAUCAAUAAAGAAAGCAUAAAUAAAUUUAGAGAAAUAAUCUAUAAAGAAAUUAAAAAAAUGAAACAUAACAGUGUUUUUCAAAAAAUAGAAGAUGUUUUAAAAAAGAAUGAAAAUAAGUUUUUUGACAAUAAUACUCUAGAAAAAUCCUUGAAAAAGCAUGAUGAAAAUAAUGAAGAGAAAAAAGAACAUGAAGAGGAGAAUAAUGCAAAUAGCAAAACAGAAGAGGAAUAUUAUUAUGAAAGUAAUGAGGAAGAUAUUGAUUCUAUCCUAAAUGAUGAUGACGUUAUAUGUGAUGAAGAUAAAAAUGAAAAAAAAAAAAAAAAUAAACAAAAUGAAAAAAAUGAGAUAGAUGAAAAUAAGGAAAAAAAUGAAGAAGUAAAUUUCAAUAAAAGAUUUGAUAAGUAUUUAGAAGAAUUAUUAAAAGAUGACAUUAAUUCACUUGACAAUAAUUUAUAUAACAUAAAAAAUGAUAAAACAAAAGAAAUUUUUCAAAAUAUUUGUGAUUUUAGUGAAAACGAUAAAGAAGAAAUGGUUGAUGAAGAUUUACAUGAUUAUAUAUUAGGAAAAAGUGACUUAAUUAAAUGUGUUUUAGAAGUGGAAGUAUUAAAUAUUAAGAUAAGAAAAGAACAAAAUCAAAAUAUAAAUGAUUAUAUUUUAAAAAAAUACAAUAAAACAUAUGAUGAAUUAUAUGAUGACAUAGAAGAAAGAGCUAUAAAGGAUAUACAAAAUAAAUGUAUUCAACAAAAAAGAAUGGAGGCAUAUAAAAAAUUAAUGGAAAUAACUUCUUUAAAUGUCCCCAUAACUUUAUUUCGUGCACAAGGAAAAAGAAUGUAUAAUAACUAUCUUAAAAAUAUGAAAAUGAAAAAGGAUGAAAAUGAAAAAACAGAAAACAUUUUGAAUUUUGAAGAUUAUAUAAAAAAAUCGCAAAAGGAUAUUUACGAUCAGAUCAAAUUUUCUUUUAUAGUUAAAUCAAUUUUUCAAAAUUCUAAUUUAAAAUUAAAUUACGAAGAAAUUAUAAAAGACGUUAUAAAAGCAUUAAUUAAAACGCCAACAAAUAAUGUAAAAAAUUUAAUAAAGAGAAUUUACACUAUACAUCAAGCUCAAUGUGUUCUGGAUUUUGUUUCUCUCAAUGCUAAUACUUCAUAUGAUACAGAUCAUUCAUCUAUUAAUUUUUCCGUUAACUUAAAAAAAGGGUCACAUUAUACAAAUGAAUUUUUAAAUGAAGAUUCACAUAAAUUAAAUAAAUCAGAAAUACUUGAUGAUAUAAAUUUACUUGAAAAGGACAAAAACAACAAUAAAUUAUGUAAUGAAAAAAGUGAAGAAAAAAUUCUUCACUUUAACGACGAUGGUCAUUAUGUAAUUGAAAAAAAAAAAGAAAAUGAAGAAAGCAUUGAAUUAGAAUAUUAUACAUUUAGAAAAGGUGCUAACUACACUAAAUAUUUUCACGACAAAAAUAAAAAAAGCAAUUAA